CUGAAGAAAUCCACCAAGAAAGAAUCGUCUGCUGCAAGGCAAAGCUUGAUUCAAACAGGUGGUGGACCUGCAAAGCCUAAGCUUGAGGACAGCCCAUUUCAUAGCAAAAUCUUGGCUUUGAUAUCUACGGCGGUAGUUGGACUAGUCAAUGAAUAUGACAGUGAUAACAUGAGUAAUAAUCAUGUUAUUGAAGAGAUUCCCAGCAACACAUUGGCUUCCACUAAAGUUCCUGAUGUAACAGAUAUAUUUAUUCCUACCCCUAUAUAUGCCAAGUCCAUGACAAUGCCUCUGUCUAUGGAUAUAGAUACAAGCAUACAAAAUGAUGAUAAAUCACAAGGAGAUACAGCUGAUUGGGGAGACUACACUCCAAAACUGCUGCAAACUCCAAAAUCUGCACCUCUACGGGCAAUGAGUAAGAGAGAAGAGGAUGUAGGAACUUCUACUCAAAGUAAGAGUUGGAGUUCCAAGCGCAGACCGGCUCUACCAUCUUCAUCGCUAGAGGAUUUACAAAAAACAAAAAAAAAAAGCUACCGAAAUGCAGAUGAAUUUUGCUGCUGA